AUGUCCGGGUCUUGGCAAUUCGAUUCCCGAGACUCCGCUUUCGCCGUUACACUACGAUCUUCCCCUUACUCCACACUCACUACACUCACCAUCAUCAUCAACCUCCUCCUUGUGCAUGUCGUCGCCGUUGUCGUCAUGUACAUCUACGAUCUGGCUACGACGGGCAGCGUCUCGUACAGUGACUUUCUGGUGACGACGGAUCUGGUGUCGCAAGUUUCGCAGACGACGCAACUGCGCGCGCGACUGCGCGCAGUGUUGAAGGAGAAUCGCGCGGGUACUUCUUCUAGCAAAGAUGUUUCAGGGGGAAACGAUAUCAGUACCAGCAGCAGCAGCGGCGGCGGCGGCAGCGGGGGAGGUGGAGGGGCCGAGGGUGGCGGUUCCGGGACUAUGGCGGUGGGCAACGCCUCGGACUGGUUGACUAUCGUGAAGACGAUCGAAGAGUACCUACCGCACCUGCUGGCUGUCUUCAACAGCGUGCAGACGGACGACCUCAUCCUGCGCUACGAACCAAUCUUCUCCUGGCGCACCUCGAUCAGCACCACGCGAUUCCGUGGGCCCCAACGCGUCGACCUCCCCGGACUCCACUACGAACUCGCCUCCACCCUCAUCACCUACGCCCUAACCCUGUCCAACUUCGCUGCGGCCACCGUCGCAGGCUUGGGCGGGUACGAGCGCGACCGCAGCACCUCGGCCGAACAGCGCAAGCUCAAGGACGACCGGCUGCGCUGGGCGGCCGACACGCUGUGUCGCGCGUCGGGCAUUCUUCUGUACCUGUCGCAGGAGCUGCUGCCCAAGUGGCGCGAUUACGCGGGCCAGGUCGAUGGGCUGCCGCCCGAUCUUACCACCGAGGCGACGCUGGCGUUGAGCAAAGUGUGCCUCGCCGAGGCGCAGGCGUUGGCCAUACGGAAACUGGUCAGUCCAUGGGUGGGCAAAGCGGUGGAUACCGUGACUCCAGGCCCGCCGCUGGAGAAGGGCCAUCCGAGCGCGAGUUUGUUGGCCAAGCUGCAUUUGAGUGUGGUCGAGGAGCUCGAGAGUGCCGUGGGCUUGUUGCGCACGGUCUCGGACAAGGGUAAGAGGGGCAAGGGGAAGAAGGGGGCCGAGGAGAUGGGGCUGAGUGCGAACCAUGAGCACGAUUUGGCAAGGAGGGUUUCUGCGACUCGGGAUCGCGGCGGAGAUGAUGAGGAGGAGGAUGAUCGCGAUGCGAUGCGAGCCGGAGGUAGUAGUGGUGGAAAAGGCAAAAAGCUCUUUAGCAAGCUCAAGCUCGGCGGAAGCAGCAGCAACAAACACACCAACGACACGCACCCGUCAUCACCGCACGCAAGACAUUCAGGCCCGCACGAUGCAGCUGCACACAUCACCACCGGUGGUGGCAGCGGCAUUGGAGGCAACAGCUUCUACGCCGCCCCCACCAGCACCCUCGAUAAAGACCUCGACAUCUCGAGCUCCCUGCUGAAAUACCUCACUUUCUCGUCCACCUUCCACCGCGCCACCGCCUACAAGUGGCUAGCCAUCGACAAGGGCGAGCACUCGUCCUCCAUCGGACCCGCGAUCGCGUACCUCUCGCUCUCGCACUCGCUCCUGUCCUCGUCCCACGUGCAAUCGCUCGCCUCGUCGCUAUCCAACAUCUCGAUCUCGUCGUCGUCGUCGUCGUCGUCGUUCCUCCCGUUCAAAUCAAAGACCAAGAAAGCGGGCGGGAUCAUCAUCGACCAGGAGCUCGCGACGGUACAGCACUGGCUGCAGGCGUACCGCAAGCUCAACGAUACCGUGUCGUUCCAGCCCGUGCCGCCGACGAGCGAGGUGACGGCCAAGGUGCCCGCAGGGCGUGCGGCGUUGGGCGUCAAGCCGUUCCAGCUGCCCGUGCCCGUGUGGGGCCCGGGCAGCGACGGAUACGUUGGGCGCGCAGGCGACGGCGGCGUCGGCCUCGCGCUCGACCAGCUGCACUUGCUCGACAGCGACCACCCGGCCCGGCGCAAUCUGGUCGCAAUCCAUACGGGCGCAGGGCGAGGCGAGGAUGAGGAGGGCAGCGCGCAGACAGGCCGUGGUGGGCUGGGAACUCAGACGAACCACACUGCGUACGCUGGGCAAGGGGCGUACUAUUGA